UUGUUGACGGUUUGCAUGAGCGGUAAAUCGUUUCUCCUUCAGCCACUGUUUGUACCACUGUUCCAGCUGUAUCGGAGCAGUGUGGACGUUGCCGCUCAAUUGAUAAAGAUGUGGCUUCAAAAUUUCUGCAUUUACACGGUGUACUUAGCUCUGGUUUCACUAUGUGUAACCGCCGAAGAUCCGUCUCCAUGGAGGUGGUCCUGCGAAGACAGAAAAUGUGUGAAGACCCGGAAUGACCCUCAGAAUAAGGACCCUGUUCUCAGCUUGGAGGCUUGCAAGAUGUUUUGCACUGAAUAUGGUCUACUAUGGCCGAAGCCAACUGGAGAGACAGAUCUUGGCAACUUCUUAUCCAAGAUCAACAUCAACAACAUUGACAUCAAGCUAGCGAAUGAAGGACGGUCCGCUGAUCUUAUGAAAGAUGCUGGUAACAGGUUCAAGAAUUUGGUAUCAAUGGCGAUACCUCGAGGAGUCUCCCCCAAGUCUACUGGGAAGGCGGUGACUGUACUCCUGGUCAACGAGAACCCUGAUGUUAGAGAAUUCUCCCUGGACAUGGACGAGAGUUACUUCAUCCGAGUGCAGGCUGCUUCGAGUGACAGAAUCAACGCAACCAUUAAGGGUGGCAGUUUCUUCGGCUUGAGGCACGGGCUUGAGACCCUCUCUCAGCUCAUCGUGUAUGAUGACAUCAGGAACCAUAUGCUGAUUGUACGUGAUGUGUCCAUCAGCGACAAGCCGGUGUACCCGUACCGAGGCGUUCUCCUUGACACCGCGCGCAACUUCUACUCUAUCGACUCCAUCAAGGCUACCAUCGAUGCAAUGGCGGCUGUGAAGUUGAACACAUUCCAUUGGCACAUUACUGACAGUCAGAGCUUCCCACUCGAGGUCGCCAAGAGGCCACAAUUGGCUAAGAUCGGUGCUUAUUCUCCUGCCAAGGUAUACACGAAGCAGGCCAUCCAAGAAGUAGUAGAGUACGGUCUGGUGCGUGGAGUUCGCGUGUUGCCGGAGUUCGACGCGCCCGCGCACGUGGGCGAAGGCUGGCAGGACACUGGACUUACUGUUUGCUUUAAGGCGGAACCAUGGGCGAGGUACUGCGUGGAGCCUCCGUGUGGUCAGCUCAACCCGACGCGGGAGGAGCUGUACGAGUACCUUGAGGACAUCUACAAGGAAAUGGCUGGUGUAUUCAACACGGACAUAUUCCACAUGGGAGGAGACGAAGUGUCGGAACGUUGCUGGAACUCCUCGGAGGAAAUCCAGAACUUUAUGCUGCAAAACCGCUGGGACCUGGACAAGGCUAGCUUCUUGAAGCUCUGGAAUUAUUUCCAGACUAAGGCCCAGGAUAAGGCUUAUAAGGCAUUUGGAAAGAGACUGCCUCUGAUUUUGUGGACGAGCACAUUGACAGACCACACACACAUUGACCACUUCUUGGACAAAGACGACUACAUUAUCCAGGUAUGGACGACAGGAUCAGACCCUCAGGUCCGCGGUCUGCUAGAGAAGGGCUACCGGCUCAUCAUGUCCAACUACGACGCCUUGUACUUCGACUGCGGGUUCGGUGCCUGGGUUGGUGAAGGUAACAAUUGGUGUUCCCCCUACAUCGGUUGGCAGAAAGUAUACGACAACAGUCCCGCUGAAAUCGCAGGAGACCAUAAGGACCUGAUUCUAGGUGGAGAAGCAGCCCUAUGGUCAGAACAGUCAGACUCGUCGACGCUAGACAACCGGCUGUGGCCGCGAGCCGCCGCGCUGGCCGAGCGGCUGUGGGCCGAGCCGCAACACAAGUGGAACGAUGCUGAACAUCGCAUGCUGCAUAUACGAGAACGUCUCGUACGCAUGGGCAUUCAGGCAGAAUCCAUAGAGCCGGAGUGGUGUUACCAGAACGAAGGAUACUGUUACCGAUGAGAACUGAGAUACGUCACAACACUACAGUAACGUCAUAAUAAUAGAUCUGGUCACGUAUCGACAUGUAACCGGCUUUACUAGGCGAUAAUAGUACAUUAAUUUUGAAAUUA